GAGAGCGAGGUGACAACAGGUGCUCCACAGAGAGACACCGACACCGGUUCUUGUGUUCUUUUGUUUAGGUGUGGUGUCACAAUGCACAAGAGCCAGAAAAGCAGCACAGGAGGUGGAAAUGCAGUGUUCUACAGACCUGUUGCAAUUACAACAGAAAUAAGAGCCGGAUACUUGUUCAAGUCUCCUCCCCCGAAAAGGUUGAAGACAGAGAAAUCAUGGAAGAAGCGUUAUUUUGUUCUGUUCAAAAUCAGUGAACAGGAACAUCAGCUGAAGUACUUCAGGAACCCACAAGAAAAGGACAAACCGCUCGGAGGCAUAGACUUAUCACAUAUCUCACUGUUGAAACUGAACCCUGAAAACCACCCUAAAUGGCCAUGGAUCCAGAAGAGCUUCAGGUGCUCCCCAUCCUGUGUGCUGUACAUCAGGGCUGCCGACCGGGACUACUUCCUCAUCGGGGAGAACAGCGAGGACGUGGAUGCCUGGUUCUCUGACCUGUUUGAAGCCCUGAAAACCCGUCCGCAUAAAUUUGUCAGUACAGAGGAAUUGUCCAAUGGGCAGCCGACAAUCGAGGUUAUUUCAAAACCCCUCCCAUGGAAAAAGAAAUCUGCCCCUGUGUCCGAAAAGGAAGAGUCGAAAAUGCGCUCCAUGUCUGACCCGAUCUCAAACAAUGUGGAUGAUGACACUAUAAAACCAAAGGCCGAAAACUAUUCCAAAAGACGUGCAUCAGAGCCUGUGAAUCCAAUCUAUGACUAUCCAUUCUCCUACUUAAAAAAUGCACAAGCUGCAGAAAAUGAUACGACCCGUCCCAAAAGCUUGGACUCAAUAUAUGAAACGAUGGACAUCAGAGGAUCCAAAAUAACGGUUAAAAACAAUGAACAGCUCGCUCAUGCAACGGACGGUGAAGUUGAAGAGGUUGGCACCGAUGGCACCCUGAUGAGGUCUUGCAAUCAGAUCUUCGACAAGUUCAAGACACAGGUUUCCCCACUCCCUACGUGUGAUGAGGAAGCAGCCUCUGAAGACAGAGAGGAAAUGCGUCUGACUUCAGACUUCAGCAGCAGCUCCAGUGACAACGGCGCCAUCUCCCCCGUAGAGAUGCUGGAGGGACAAAAUGGGCACACACUUGAAAAACAAAGCUCUACCGAAAGCCUCGACACCAUCACCCCUGAGGAGAGGGAUAUCGAGAUCAAGCAGGCAGAUGUGAAAAAACACCUGACAUUAACACAGGUGGACGGGAAACCAUGUGUGACCGGGUGGACUGGCCAGCCACAGUCCGUGUGCCUGUUCCACAAAGGAGACCAGAUUCUGGGAUUUAACGACUUGCACACCGGCAGCGUGGAGGAGUUCAACAUGUACAUGAGCAAGUCUCUCAAGAACGAGGUGAAAUUGACCAUCCUGCGUCAACCUGGAUGCCAGCCUUUGCAUUCAGCAAGCUGUCUCUGCAGCGAAUGACUGGGAUGAGACACUACUUACUACUUGCACUGUUAACUUCCACUGUAUGUGUGGCUGUGUUCAAAUGGCUCUUUGAGGGAGUUCUUUAAUGUAGAUAGUGGGUUUCAGCCAUGUAUUGACCACUUUAGACAACUAACAGUAUUUUCCCAGGGCUGUGGUGCAGUUUCUGCUAAUCUGUCACUCUGCUAUCAUAUUAUGUCGAAAGAUCAAAUGCAUUUUAUUUGCAAAGCUCUCUGUGUGAAAACAGUGACUUGUAAUUAUGACAGAGCAUGAUUCAUGAUGUUCUAGUUCAUUGUGUGCUUGAUCACAGAAGUUAUUAUUAGAAGGAAACAAAAAGCGAAUGUUUUACCGAAGCAUAGUUCCUCAUACCGCCUGCAUGAUGAUAAAAUUCAACCAUGCAUGGCAUGAAGUGCCACAAUGGAACAACUGGCACAAAGUUGCUGUACGUAAACGUACUUUUAAACAUUACUUUGCAGUAAACUGUAUAAUCAAAAUGAUUAAAUGCUUUAAAAUGCACAUGAAAUACAUGUAAAAAAUGAUUUUCUUGCGACUGAAAUGCUAUUUUUUCAUUAAUACUCAACUUUAAUCCAAGAUGACAGGGCGAAACAGUGAUCAGAAGUGGUUUAAAGGACAUGAAAAUGAUGUUUGACAUGAGAAAAGAUGCUCUGAAUCAAUAUUUAAGUAAUUAAAUUACAUUUUGAAAGUUUCCAUAAACGAUUUGUGACUUUCAACCGAGAGUUGAGCGAGAACUCGGUUACAUGUCAUCACCUAGAAAUGCUGAGUCAUUUCCAGUCAGCGCUUAUGGUGAGAUUUCUUUAUAAACCUUGCCCGUCUAAUGACGCCUUGUUCAGAGAACAAAAAGAAGGUUACACUGUUUGUUUAAAUGUCUUUGUUACGUAUAUCAGUGCAUCAGUGUGUCAGGGUUACAAAAAACAUCCAAAUUUAAACUUGACUUUUCUUGUUUAUCUCCAGAAUGCUAUGACAGUAAUUAGUAGCAGAUGAAUAACAAAAAAGAUUUAACAAGGGACCAGUGUUUUACGUCGUCCACACCUCAGGGAGAGUCUGAUUAAUUAACAUGCAGACAGAAUGGUGUUUUACCUCAAGCUACGUUUCACCCAGCUCGACUUGAAGGAGAAGUGGUGACUCAUGGGCUAUAUUGCUGAAAUGCAGUUUUAAUAUAACUCGACAAGACGGCUAAGAAUCAUUUUUAAAUUAUGUCCGCUGACCGAUUCCACCUCCUGACAAAGACAACA